AGUGUCAAGUCAACUCUCAACUUUCAAUUAUAGUAUCUUACUAUCUCAUCACAAAGUCUCCCUUACUGCUUAGUUCCCUUCUCCCUUAGCGCCUCCAGCUACGACUUCUCCAGGUCUACCGCCUCUGCCGCCGGCCACCGCCUCUGCCGCCAGGGAGUUUGGUGUCCAAAUUAAGGGUUUUCGUGUUCAAUAUUAGGUGUUCCGAACACUUGAAUACAUAUCCUAGUACGAAGUACCCAAAGCCGAGUAAUACGGAUUAUGCUACUGUUCUAUUAUGAGACAAAGUUACUUUAAGGCAAGCAAUCAUUCGUAUUUGUUGAGCCUGAUUUUUCAAGCUAUGAAGCUUUUGGAAGCAGAGGAGCAGAAUCCAAGUUUAGAAGUCUUUCAUUGUUUAAGGAUAAAUAGAGUACCUAUUUUACAGCAGCUACAGUUGGAAGAAAAACUGCUUCGGACUUCAUCAGAUAAUUGGUGCAUAAUCAAUGAUGGGACUCCUGAUCCUACAAUUGUUAUGGGAGUCUCAGGGAAACCAACCGAACUUCUUGACGUUAGGUCUGUGCUCCAACAGAAGAUACCUGUCAUUAAACGGUUUACUGGGGGAGGUACAGUGAUUGUCGAUGAUGGGACAAUCUUUGUUUCUUUCAUAUGCAACAAGGAUGCUGUUCCCAAUUUGCAACCAUAUCCUCAUCCAAUAAUGGCAUGGAGUAGCCUAUUGUAUAAUAAAGUGUUCUGCAAAGCUGGAGAUUUUAAGCUGCGUGAAAAUGAUUAUGUUUUUGGCAGCCACAAAUUCGGUGGAAAUGCUCAAUCAAUCACAAAAAACCGGUGGAUCCACCAUACAUCAUUUUUAUGGGACUAUGAAGAAGCAAAUAUGACAUACUUGAAAAUACCUCAGCGGGCACCAAAGUAUAGGCAGGCAAGGGACCAUUCAGAAUUCAUUUGCCGGAUGAAGGAUAUUCUUCCGAGAUCAGGUUUCAUCGUACGAACGAUCAAGGCUGUGGAAAGCCAGUUUUCAGUGAGAUUCGUCCUGCUGAAUGAAAUUGAAUCUCUCGACAGUACAGAGUUUGUUCCUUCUUCGAGGAUUCUGACUACCGAAGAGUUGGAGGCUACCAUUCAAGCAGAAGAUAACGGUUUAUUAUCCGAGUCUUUGUGAAGGAUUCGCUCGUAUGAUGAGCUCGCAAGGUACUUAACCUUGUGCUGUAAUGGUAGUUGGUUCUUGUCAAUUCUUAAAUUAUUUGGAUGAUUAUUGUGAACAGAAUACAGGCAGUUGAUUAAUUAUACUUCGAAUUUGUCCGUAAUCUCUGCAAUGUCAAUUUGCAGUUCAAAUAAAUACUUGCUUGCCCUCUUUCAUCAUAUGGCUAAUAAUUCAUUUUUAUUACGGAUUAUAUAUAUUAUAUUGAACUAGUAUAUGAAUUUGUAUAAUACACGGACGGAGAU